AUGGCUGCGGUGGUGGCGGCGGCGGCAGUGCGGGCCCGGAUCCUGCAGAUUUCUUCCAAGGUGAACUCUACCUGGUGUCCAUCCUCCUGCUUCUCUUCCUCUUCACCAACUGUAAAGCUCUUCAUUGAUGGGAAAUUUGUUGAAUCCAAAAGUGACAAAUGGAUUGACAUCCACAACCCAGCCACCAAUGAGGUAAUUGGUCGGGUCCCUCAGGCCACCAAGGCUGAAAUGGAUGCAGCCGUUGCUUCCUGCAAACGUGCUUUUCACCCAUGGGCAGACACUUCAGUAUUAAGCCGUCAGCAGGUCCUGCUCCGCUAUCAACAACUUAUUAAAGAAAACUUGAAAGAAAUUGCCAAGUUAAUCACUUUGGAACAAGGGAAGACUCUGGCUGAUGCUGAAGGAGAUGUAUUUCGAGGCCUUCAGGUGGUUGAGCAUGCCUGUAGUGUGACAUCCCUCUUGCUGGGAGAGACUAUGCCUUCCAUUACCAAAGACAUGGACCUUUAUUCCUACCGUCUGCCUCUGGGGGUGUGCGCAGGCAUUGCUCCAUUCAAUUUUCCUGCCAUGAUCCCCCUUUGGAUGUUUCCGAUGGCCAUGGUGUGUGGAAAUACCUUCCUAAUGAAACCAUCAGAGCGAGUCCCUGGAGCAACUAUGCUUCUUGCUAAGUUGCUCCAGGACUCUGGUGCCCCUGAUGGAACACUGAAUAUCAUCCAUGGACAACAUGAAGCUGUAAAUUUUAUUUGUGAUCAUCCGGACAUCAAAGCAAUCAGCUUUGUGGGAUCCAACCAGGCAGGAGAAUACAUCUUCGAGAGAGGGUCAAGACAUGGCAAGAGAGUUCAAGCCAAUAUGGGAGCCAAGAACCAUGGAGUAGUGAUGCCAGAUGCCAAUAAGGAAAAUACCCUGAACCAGCUGGUUGGGGCCGCAUUUGGAGCUGCCGGUCAGCGCUGCAUGGCUCUAUCAACAGCGAUCCUUGUUGGAGAAGCCAAGAAGUGGCUGCCAGAACUAGUGGAGCGAGCCAAAAACUUGAGAGUCAAUGCAGGAGACCAGCCUGGAGCUGAUCUUGGCCCUCUGAUUACUCCCCAGGCCAAAGAACGAGUCUGUAAUCUGAUAGACAGCGGAACCAGGGAGGGAGCUUCCAUCCUUCUUGAUGGACGAAAAAUUAAAGUCAAAGGCUAUGAAAACGGCAACUUUGUUGGGCCAACUAUCAUCUCAAAUGUGAAGCCAAAUAUGACCUGUUACAAAGAGGAGAUUUUUGGUCCAGUUCUUGUGGUUUUGGAAACAGACACAUUAGAUGAAGCCAUCAAGAUUGUAAAUGACAACCCAUAUGGAAAUGGAACUGCCAUCUUCACCACCAAUGGAGCCACUGCUCGGAAAUAUUCCCACCUGGUAGAUGUUGGACAGGUGGGUGUAAAUGUCCCCAUUCCAGUGCCUUUGCCAAUGUUCUCAUUUACCGGCUCUCGAUCUUCCUUCAGGGGAGACACUAAUUUCUAUGGCAAACAGGGUAUCUACUUUUAUACUCAGCUAAAGACCAUCACUUCUCAAUGGAAAGAAGAAGAUGCCACUCUUUCUUCACCUGCGGUGGUCAUGCCUACCAUGGGCCAUUAGAAGCAAGUCUGUUCCAGACUCGGUCCAUCCAGAGCAGUCUCCCUUUAUUCUUGACCAACUUCAUUUGCCAACUUUGUUCAGAUAAAUAACAGUUCCCUGGGAUUGGAAUACCUUGUGACUAAAAUCUUUCUCAGGACCACUAGUCCUUGCAGAGUUGCUAUGGGGAGACUCCUAGUGUAACUUUAAAACCAUGUUUUCACUUGCUCUUCCUACUUCUAGUUUUGAGAUAACUCUAACUGUGAAAUGCUUAUUUGGAAUGAGAGCUUAUGAUCUGUUUUCUAAAAAUU